AUAUAAAUGUAUAAUAAAUCGCACUGCCUAAAGACUGACACUGUUGUCGCCCUUGGGAACAUUUUCAAACGAGUUACGGCCCUUGUAACAUGGCAGCACUUUCAAACUCUGAGGUGUCCACUCUAUCGACACUCGUGCCUCUGGUGACAGCAAUUGUUGCGUUUGUGUUGUGUACUCUAAUCAGAUGCUUUGAUGCAGCUCCGAUUCUUUCACCACCUGAUAUUUUGCGUUUGUCGAAGUCCAAAUGUAUCGUUGCUGUGUCUUCGACAUUCCUGAAUAUGAAGCAGACGAAAGAUAACGCCUACGAUAGACAGCAAAACCUUUUGGACUGGGCUGACGUGGCCUUCUGGAAUGAGGCAAAUGUUGUCUAUGGUGUAUGCGAUUUUGAAAAUUUUCAAUGGCCUUCUGGAAAAAAGCUCAAUUUGGGAGACUUUUCAGAACGACCUUCAGCUGUCGUUUUCCCACGGAUGGUGGAGGACCGAACUUGUCUCCUCGAACCGGAAGGUUACACGGUGCACCCAGAAGCGUUGGCAUACGGUGGCUUGACAACAACAGAAGCAUUUGUAGAGUUUGUUAAUUCCGCCUGCCAUACUUUCCGCCGUAUAGAUGGGGGUUUGACGAUCGAAGGACUGCACCGUGAGUCUAUAUUAGAACAACUGUUUCACGUCAAGGAGCUCAAAGGUUCAGUGACGAUAUCCGACAUAUUCCAUAAAUCAGCCACUUUGAAACAGUGCGAGAAAGGAGACUUAGUACCAUGUCAGUCAGAACUUGCCGCGGAAAAUAAUGUUAAGCCUUAUCAAAAUAUACCAGAAUGUGAGCGGAUCCCAAUGCCCAGUAAAGACCGUUUCUUUCAUGAUUUUCUAGCACGUUCUAAACCAGUUAUUAUAACAGGUGCAAUGGACCACUGGACAGCUUUGGUGAAAUGGACAAGUGAUUUUUUUAGAAAGCGUUAUGGCGAUAGACAUGUUCACAUAAAAUUAACCCCAAAAGGAGAAUAUGAAGGUAUUGAAGCAGCUAACAUUUGGGACAGCUUUGCAACAUUUAAAAUACCUAAAGCGGUUAUUAAAAAACUUCCCUACCCAGAUCUGGUGGUUGUCAGGCCUGCAACAACAGAAAUUAAGUUUUCUGAAUUUCUUGAUCUUAUUGGAAAUGUUUCAGAAGGACGACUUACAAACUUUUCAGCAUAUUUAGAAUAUACUUCAGUUUCUGACUACUUCCCAGACCUCAAGGAAGAUAUCACAGAAAUGUUUUUCAUACAAAAUGUACUUAACCUAAAACAUUUAAACAUUUGGUUAAGUGAUGGAAAUACACUUGGAAAAACUCAUUUUGACCCAUUUGAUAAUUUUCUCUGUCAGAUUAGUGGCUCAAAAGAACUUACCCUUUUUGAGCCCUACAACAAUGAACUUCUAUAUGAAGCACACAUUCCUGAAGCUCUCUUGUCAUACAACAAAACAACCAGACAGUUUCAGCGAUCUACUCUUCUGGACAGCACCGCCAUGGUCAUGACACCCAUUGACAUUUUAAACCCAAAUUUUGAGAGAUUUCCUAACUUCAAACAAGCCAGACCGCUUUCAUGCACAAUAAAAGAAGGGGAAGUCUUGUUUAUGCCUGCAUUCUGGUGGCAUGAAGUUCAGUCUCAUCCAAGUCCUUUGCAAAAACGCAACCUGGCUGUUAACUUUUGGUAUGAGCCUUUCUUUACCAGACAGUUUCCUUGUCCAGAGUGCAGAUUGGAUGUGAACCCAAAAUAUAGGCAUCUUUUAUAAUCUGCUUCAACAUGAGUUAUUUCAAGAACUUUAGGUAAUUUCGAUUCUAUUUUUAAACUUUUAUGCAUUGGAUGUAGUUACAGUUGUAAUUCUGUUUUUUAAAAAAAACUCCUUUGGGGUCAUGGUGAAUGGAGCACUCCGGCAAUGUGUGUAGGCAUCACAAGGUAUCAGGAUUGUGUGUAGGUGGCUUUGGUACAAUAUUUCUUUCUUGAUGUAGCACUUGCUUAUAGGAUGCCCUAGAGCCUUAGAUUUUUCACUUUUGGCAAGUAACUUUCAACUCGCUCCUUUCCAAAGUAAAUUUUUCAAUGAAGAAUGGACUGCUUAAUUAAAUUUUGACAAAGUACGCAUAUGCUUGGUCAAUUCUGUAUGCAAUAACCAUUACGCACAAAGCUAUUGGAGUAAUAAUAAACCACCUAGAAAGGUGGCUACAUUAAUGCCAGCUGCAUGAUCAGUCCGGGGCAAAAUGACCACAGAGCAUGUGAAAAGGGAGUUGAUGAUACUUGCAUCCAUAUUGAUAUGUAUUCUGGAGUAAAAUUGCUUUGUAGUAUUGAAGCAAGGGUAAACCAUUGUUCAGAGGUCAACACUGACACCAGAACAUCUACUGUCCAUGGCUAAUGAAGAUGUCUAAUCUCAUAAGCAUAUCACUUUAAAUAGGACCCAAAAGGUAAACAAAGCUGUCAUUUGGCCUUUCAAAUGUCUUACUCUUGCUUCUUUAAAGGAUUUCAAAAUGGCAAGCAUGAAGCAGUCAGAUUGAGUAUAAAAUGUUUACAUAACUGUAUCAUCCUUAACAUUCCAGCUUACAGUAGCAUGUUAACUGAUGCCUAAAGGCUUAUACAGUUUGCUCCAGGUUCCAUUAGAAAUAGUUACACUUUUGUUGCAUGCCAACCCUUGUUGACACAUUUUUGGUGCACAUGCUGCUAAAAUAAUGAAUGCAACUGGCUUUCAUUGUGCAAGCUUCUAGCACAAUAAAGCUAGGCAAGCAAGAUAAACAUAAAAUUACAGGAUAAUUAUCAUGAAGUGCAGGUGGAACAAAGGGCCAAGAAUGUCCCUAGUCGCAACUUGUGAGGAUAAUUGAAUUUACAUAUAAUAUGCGAGUAGCUUGGAGUGCAUUUCAGUAGUGCACACGAUAGCUGGAUUACUUUUAUCAGAAAACAGCCAGAUAUUUACAUUUGAGAUUCAUUUCAAACCUAGCAACAACUAGUACUUGCUGUGUUUAAGAAAACUCGCUACUCUGCAAUAAAUCACUAACAGCAGACAAUCUGAAACAAAAAUGAACAUUUUAUUUUUACGAACAAGUUGAACAGAACACAGUAAAAUGAGACCAUGAAAAUUUUACAGCUAGCUCUUGAAAUCCAAAAGAAACAUGUCUACACUUUCACACUAGCCACGAUUUAGGCAGAUUCUUCGUUUUCCUCCUCUGCCUUUUCACUUUCUUCUUCCUCCUCUGCUUUUUUCACUUUUUUGGUUGGACUCUCAUCUUCAGCUGUCUCCUCUUCUGCACUUCUUUUUUCUGCAGCUGCCGUUUCGGUGACAUCUGUUUUAAAGGGAAAAAAGGCACUACGAAUAUAACAAUGCACUUUAGUUAUGAAUUCUCAGACUACCAAUAGAUGCAAUAAAAUUUUUCCAUUGCAAGAUGA